AUGCAUGACUUCAUCAUGGCAGAAGAUUCGGAGUUGUGGGAUGUUAUUUGUGAUGGUCCUUAUGUCCCAACGAAGAAGGUUGGAGACCCGCCUGUGACGAUGCCAAAAACUAGGAAAGAAUACAAUGACGCAGAUAGGAAAGCUGUUGAGAAAAUUUUUCGUGCUAAGAAAAUUUUGGUGUGUGGCAUAGGACCUGAUAAAUACAACAGGAUCUCAGCCUGUCAAUCAGCCAAGGAGAUAUGGGAAGCUUUGGAAACAACUCACGAGGGAACCACUCAAGAGCUACACUCGCUUGGUGAAAUCAUUCCAAGGAACAAGCUCGUGAGGAAAAUUCUCAGUGUCCUACCCAGUUCAUGGGAGAGUAAAGUGAAUGCCAUUACUGAAGCAAAGGAUUUGCAAGAGCUGACCAUAGAUGAACUAGUCGGAAAUCUGAAAACCUACGAAAUGAAGAAGAAGAAGGACAGGCAUUUUAUCAAGGAUUGCCCUCUCCUAAAGCAAGAACAUUUCAAGUACAACCCUGACAAAGCAGCAAAGAGGAACCCGGUUCCUGACAAACGCUUCAAAAGAAAGGAUGACGCUGCCAAUGUUGUGAAGCAAGCUCUUGCAGCAUGGGGAGAUUCCUCCAGUGAGUCUGAAGAAGAAACUGAUAUAGAUGAUAAGGAUGCCUUGACCAUAGAGUUAGGAGAUGCUGAACAAACUAGAGAUGACUUGGUAGUGUGUGUGGUUGAUUUGAAGGAAACAAUAAGUUAUAUGGAGAAUGAAAAGGUGGCUUCGACUGAAAAAAAUGUUAGUAUAGAACAUGAAAGAGACGACUUGAUGGUACUAGUUGUUGACGUAAAAGAAACCAUUGAAAAUCUAAGUAAAGAAAAGAAUUACUUAGUGGAAAAAAUCGAUGCCUUAGAGCAAGAAAGAGAUGACCUCCUAGUUGUGAUUAUAGAUUUGAGUGAAACAAUAGAGGAACUCAAAGCAGAGUAUGGGUCUGGGAGGACUGAUAAAGGGAAAGGAGUUGCUAGUGAAGCACAUAUCAGGCUAGAAAACGAACUAAAUGCUGUAAAAAUCAGUUUAUGUGCUGAACUUGAAAAAACUAGAUAA